AUGAGGUCUUGUAUGUCUGUCCUUCUCCUAACAUAUGCUGUGUUGAAUGGGGGCAUCCUGCUAAAGGCGGAGGAGAACGAUAAUAAGGAAACUUCACCCGUAUCUCCGUCCCAAGAAGAUACUUCAUCGCCUACUGUUACAUCACCAAACCCUGAAAAUCCGAGUGCUCAAGAAACACAGGAUCUAUCUUCCAACCUCACAGUCCAAAAUGGAUCUCUUGACGCUGCUGCGCCGGGACCCCCAUCAGCUCCCCAAGGAGCAACCGACCCGGUUGUUUCCGUAGAGAGCGCAAGUCAAGGCGCGAAUGCAGAUCCACAGCAGCCAGCCCCAGUUGCAGACGUAUCGGGGGUCCCACCUAACCCAACGGAGACCAACUCUCAGGCAAGCAUUGCAGAAGCUGAAAAAACAGCAGCAGAGAACCCCCCUGCAGCCACUCUCACCUCUUCUGGUGCCCCAGAAACUUCUUCCUCCAACGACAGCACCAUUCAAGUAAAAACUGCUCUACUGAAAGACGCAAACGGAGUGAAGGUUACUGGUCCCUGUGGUUCACACUUCGAAUUAUACCUCGUCCCGCACAUAUCGAUCAGUGCAGAAACAAAAACAAACAGCAUUAAGUUGAGGCCCAAAUUGCAUAAGCUGAUUGACUCAAAGGAGGCAACCGCUGGAAAGGUCAAAUUUGAUAAUGCAGUGCAAUUUGAAGAGGACCAAAAAAAGCUAAAGAAUAAGUGCCAGCCUGGGAAAGAAAAUGAGCAGACUUUUAAAUUCCUGGUGCUUAUUCACGAGGGGGGGGAGUUGACUCUAAAGUGGAAAGUUUACGACAAAUCCGCCCCCGCAGACGCGAGCAAUGAAGUGGACGUCCGAAAAUACAUCCUAAAGAACUUGGACCAACCAAUUACGACCAUCCAAGUUCAUUCGUCGAAGGUGAAUGAUGAGAGGCUUUUGGUGGAGAGCAAAAGUUACUAUGUGAAGAGGGACAUCCCAGAAAAGUGUGACACAAUAGCAACUGCUUGCUACUUGAACGGGAACGUGGAUAUUGAAAAAUGCUUCCAAUGCACCCUGCUCAUGGACAAUAACGACACAACGAAUGAGUGCUUCAAGUACGUCUCUUCCGAGGUCACCGAUAAAUUUAAGGAAAUAAAAGUGAAUGCACAGGAUGAGGAAGACCCGACUGAAGUCGAGUUGGCAACUUCGAUUGGUAAGAUCCUCCAAGGGGUGUACAAAAAAGGAGAAAAUGAUAUCAACGAGUUGCUUACCUUCGACGAAGCAGAUGCAGCUUUGAAAGAGGAACUGCUAAAUUAUUGUGCCUCGAUGAAGGAGGUGGACUCCAGCGGAGUGUUGGAAAACUACGAGUUGGGAAGUGAAGAAGAAGUGUUUGCCAACCUAACGAAUAUUUUGAAGAAUCAUGCAGGAGAAACGAAGUCUACGUUACAAACCAAGUUGAAAAAUCCAGCUAUAUGCUUGAAAAAUGCGGACGAGUGGGUAGAGAGCAAAAAAGGGCUUCUACUUCCCAGCUUGUCUCAUACCCAUGUAGAGGCUACCUUCCCCGCGACUACCAAAGCGGAACACAUGAACGAAACAAAUGGUGGCAAGGAGAAUGUCCCCUACGAUGCUGUCAUAAAUCUCGUAUCUGCGGAGGAGAAAAACAACAACAGCUCCCUAAUUGAAGACAGUAUGUACUGCACGGAGGAGUACUGCAACAGGUGGAAGGACGACACGAGCUGCGUGUCAAAGAUUGAGGCGGAAGAUCAGGGCGUGUGCGCCACUUCUUGGCUCUUCGCCUCGAAGGUGCACCUAGAAACGAUCAAAUGCAUGAAGGGGCACGAUCAUGUUGCUAGUUCUGCGCUCUACGUGGCUAACUGUUCCAAUAAAGAGGCAAAGGACAAGUGUCAAGUGCCGUCUAACCCGCUAGAAUUUUUGAACAUCCUGGAGGAGACCAAAUUUUUGCCAGCCGAGUCGAACCUCCCAUACUCUUACAAAGCGGUGAAUAACGUCUGUCCUGAGCCGAAGAGUCACUGGCAAAACUUAUGGGAAAAUGUGAAGCUCCUAGACAAGCAGUACCAACCCAACUCGGUGAGCACCAAGGGGUACACCGCUUACCAGAGUGACCACUUCAAAGGCAACAUGGAUGCUUUUAUUAAGUUGGUAAAGUCAGAAGUGAUGAGCAAAGGAUCUGUCAUCGCUUAUGUGAAGGCAGACGAACUCAUGGGUUACGAUUUCAAUGGGAAGAAGGUGCACAGCCUGUGCAGUAGCGAGACGCCUAACCACGCAGUGAACAUAAUCGGCUAUGGUAACUACAUCACCGAGGAGGGACAGAAGAAAUCCUACUGGUUGCUACGAAACAGUUGGGGCAAAUACUGGGGAGAUGAUGGCAACUUCAAGGUCGACAUGCAUGGUCCAGCCCAUUGCCAACAGAACUUCAUCCACACCGCGGCUGUCUUCAACUUGGAUAUUCCCCUCGCCCAAUCUGCUGCGAAGAAGGACAACCAACUAUAUAGCUACUACUUGAAGGGUUCUCCUGACCUUUAUCAAAACCUUUACUAUAAGGGCUUCGGCUCUCAAGGUGGAAAUGCCAAGGAGGGCGAAAAGGGAAAAGUUGGCAGUCCUGUGGUUUCUGGACAGGAGCAAGGAGAAGAAGAGGCUGGUGGAUCAGUUCAAGUGGAAGUAAAAAAUCAGGUAGAAGUGCCAGAAGUAACGGUUGACGUGCAAGCAGAUGGGGGUAGCGUGCCACCAGGAGAGGUUAGCGUGCAAGCUGGACAGGGGGACGUAAAGGAUGGAGUAGCACAAAAUGGAGGGCCACCUGGUGCGGGAGCGGUGGAAACUUUAACAGAACAACCUGCGGGGACAGUAGUGCCAAAUAAUUCACCAGGCGGAGUUCAAGUGCCACCAAGCGAUCCUGCUGUAUCAAUGAGCGGCCCUGGAGCAGCACAGAGCGGGCCUGAAGUAGCACAGAGCGGACCUGAAGUAACACAAAGCGAAACUGUAGUAACUUUAGCCCCACCUGCGGAAUCGCCAGCCCUGAGUACCCCCCCCAGUAACGCUGCCAAGAUAACCCAAGUACUGCACCUCUUAAAGCAUGUGAAGCAUGGAAAGGUGAAGACGCGCCUUGUUACCUACGACAGUGAUGCAGCGAUAAGCGCAGGACACGUGUGCUCACGAGCAGUGGCAACUGACCCUGAGAAGCAAGACGAAUGCGUGAAGUUUUGUGAUGACCACUGGAAUGAGUGCAAAGAUAAAAUUUUACCAUCGUAUUGCUUAACAACCAAGAGGGGAAAUAACGACUGCUUUUUCUGCUACAUAUGA